AUGCUGAACCACAAAAUUCAAAACUACACUUGUCGCAAGUGCAAGUUUGAAACUCACUUUAUACUUAAGUGCCUCCAACACACAACAACGUGCCAACGCAACGAAAAAGCGACACCAGUUCAAACAGACAGGAAACUUAAAAAGAACGAUUUCAAAUGCACGAAAUGCCCUUACAGAGCCAAACAAAUGUCGGAUUUAAAACGACACACAGUUGCUCGGCACCUAGAUGAGCGCCACAUUGUCUGGUUUAAGUGCAGCCAGUGUCCAUACAAAGUUAAACUAAAAGCGAAUUUAAAACGUCACGUGAAUUUGCGCCAUUCGGAUGGACGAGACGUUAAAUGGUACGAAUGUGAAAAGUGCCCCUACAGAACCAAAUACAAAUCGGCGUUGAAGGAUCACACAAACGUGCUGCAUUUGGACGAUGGGGACGUUAAAUGGUAUGAAUGUAAAAAGUGUCCUUAUAGAACUAAAUACAAAACGGCGUUAAAACGCCACAAUUCGCGCCACUUGGAUGCAGGGGAGGUUAAAUGGUUUGAGUGCCAAAAGUGCCCGUAUCGGAGUAAGUAUAAAUCGGCUUUGAAAGACCACGUAAAUGCGCGUCACUUGGAUGGAGCGGAUGUUAAAUGGAAUGAGUGCCAGAAGUGUUCGUACAAAACUAAGCACAGAACGGCCUUAAAGCGCCACAUUUUGUGUCAUUUGGAAUAA